AUUUUUGUUAAAUAAUUUUCCUGAAAAAAAGAAGAAGCAAAUUAUAAAAAUGAAAUUGUCAACACGCCGUGCUCAUAAUUCAAAUUCCAUGGUUGUUUUCAUUUUUGGUACAAUUUUAUUUUUGGUCAUAUUGGCAGAAAUUUCUGAAGCGAAACGACCACGUGUGACCCGCAGAAAAUAUGGUGUAUCGAUGAGAGGGUGUUCAGCAUUCGGCCAUGCGUGUUAUGGUGGCCAUGGAAAGAAACGAACCGAUGUAAAUUUCCCAAUACAAACAUCAGCGGAAGAGGACACAUUUAUUAAUGGAAGCGGAGAAGAAAUGGAACCUGUUAUGUUAUCGCCAUCGGCUACUAAUCGUAUUCUACCAUCAAACGAUGAUAAUAAUGAGUAUAUGCCACCAUUAAAUGGAUAUACACCAAUUGUUUAUCAAAAAUAUUUGCGCCAAAUUAAUUUAUCACCGUUCUUAAGAAAAUGGUUACAAUCAUACAGACGCUCCCAACAAGAACAACAUCUUUUGGACGAUCAACAACAGCAACAGCAAUUACAAUUAGAAAAUCUUUAAACAAAAUUAUAACUAAACGGCCUAAUUAAAAUAAAUAUCUA